AUGGCACAAACUGCGGGAGUCUGUUCCUUUCUAGGUCGUCCGUGGACUUUGGAGGAUGUGAUAUCGAUCCCGUCCGAUUCCGAAUCUGACACAGAUAGUGAUGUCGAGGUGGUGGAACAAGAUGUCCCGCGCGUGCACUUGGUACACAAUCAACACCGUGACGACUCACUUCCUUCUAUCUCUGAGAUUAUGGCGUCACUGAUUAACGUCAGACAUGAUCCAACAGAAGCAAUCGGGAGCUCAUCUGAGGAUGUUUGCUUACCAGAUGAGUGGGAAAGUCCCAAUUCAUUAACCUCAAACUCUUCGAGAGAGGUGAUUUCCCCCUCAAUGGCUCUCGAGAGUCCGGGGGUCACCGCCGACUCUAACAUGUUGGUGUCUCCGCCAAUACAACAACAUGAUGAUGGAGCAAGCGUGGUGUGGCCCACUCCUAUCCGAAGACCUUGUGUCGUCUCAGCGGCCUCCGAGUGUUGUUCAGUGCAGUCCACAACUGCGUUGCCUCCGAGGGAUGAAGCACUGCACCAUGAGAAAACAGAUCCUCCCAGCCGAUCGGCAACCAGCCUCGUCCAGCCUUCUCAAUCGCAGAAUUGCAGUGCCCUGUUUUCAAACCGGUUCGUCCAAGCUCAUAGCAUCAAUAUUGGCCAUGGCCGUAUGGGUGAAGUAGUUCCGCGAAGCGACAACGAACUGCCCAGUGUAGCUCGACCCGCCUCAGUCAAAACACCUCCGUCGGGAUGCAGCCACCCAGUCUCGCAUCGAGGAGCUGUGAUGGAGGCCAUUCGGAAACACCAAGCCCCUGAUGAUAUUUCGCCCCUGAGUUCUUGCCCUACCUCGUCGCCAACUGGCCAAGGACGGGACGACGAGCGCCAGACAAGCAUCGAUGCAGGCGGCACAGAGAGCCAGCUGGAUGAACCCUGCGAAGAAACGGAAAGCGACCAACUAGUCGUCGUGGUUCCGGAAAACCUUACAACCUUCGCCCUCUCCCGCCCAAAAGGCAACUCACCGCGGAACAACAGGACGGCGGGAUUAACGAAAAGCUUAUGCCACAACGCAAGCGUCGCAGGCUUGUGUUCCGUCAGCCCAAGAAGCGUAAUUCACAGCAACGUUCGGACCGACGUUCGGACAUAA